AAGCCCUUGUUUUUCCACCUCCGACGGCCCUUUUCGGCAGUGAAAGCUCAUUCACUUUCCGACGACUUUCAGCAACCGCCGUACUGUACAACAACACCCGCAACAAUGGCCACAGUCAAAGAGCUCGCCCUGCCCCUCUCCAUAAUAGCAGUCCUCCUAUUUGGGAUACUCGCCCUCGUUAUUGCGAGGAGGAAACAGAGGUUCCAGGAGGAUAGACAGGACUCGACAGAGUUCUUUUUGACGGCGAAAAGGAGCAUUCCCACUUUUCAAAUCGCUUGGAGUUUCUUUGCGGGGGCCACGGGUUCUUGGGUCGUAUUCUCACUGCCAGCGUACGCGGUUACUGGCUAUGGCUACAUCGGCAUGAUGUGGUACGCCUUUUUCACGGGCUUGCCAUUGAUUGUGAUUGCAUAUGUGGGAGACGCCAUCAGGAACAAGUACCCACACAUCAUGUCGUGGGGUGAUUUCGCGCGCUUCCGUUACGGAGUUGUCGUCCAGAUCUACAUGACGUUGAUCGUUUUGUUGAACAUGGGCAUCAACCUGACGGCCGAAUACACCGCCAUCGGCUCUCUCUUCUCCAGCAUCGUCGGCGUCAACAAACUGAUCCCUAUCCUCAUCGUCGGCGCAGUGACCAUGACUUACACCGCAGUCGGUGGUCUCUACGUCUCCGUCAUCACUGACCAGUACCAAGGCAUGUUUACUCUCCUCCUCGUAGUCAUCACCGCAAUCUACAUGGCCGCAACAGUCCACAUGCCCAACCCUUCCCCACCCAUGACGGACGACCUCGCCCCCAACGAGGCAGGCUGGACCUCCAUCGUCACCAUGGGCGUCUCCAUGACCGCGGCCACCUUCUUUUCCGACGCCGUCUGGCAACGCGUCUGGGCCUCCGUCGACACUCGCUCCCUUCGCCGCGGCGCAACAGUCGGCGCCCUCAUCGCCACCUUCGUCGCCUUCUUCUUCGGCUUUGGCGGCGUCCUCGCCGAAUGGCUCGGCUACUACAACGCCGCCCCGGAGGAUAUAAACACCUGCACCAACUGCGACCCCAACCUCGCCUUCUUCUACCUCCUCACAAAGGGCAACACAUCCACAGACGUCUGGAUCAUCGUCCUGGUCGUCAUCCUCGCCGCGGUAAUGAACGAAUCCGCCGUCGACGCCUUCCAGGGCGCACUCACCGACACCGUCGUCGCCCUCGCCUCCACGACGCACACCCACAAGAGAUUCGGCUACGACCAUUUCCCGCUCACCGCCGCCCGCCUCCUGGUCGUCGUCAUCAACGUCCCCAUCGUUAUCGUCGCAUUGCAGGGUUACAACAUCAAUUCGUUGUACCUCAUCACCAACAUGGUCACGGCCUCUGCGGUGCUCCCGAUGCUCCUGGGUCUCGUGCGCCGGCUGGAACCGUACAUCCACGGCCGCCAGGUCCUCUUUGCCUGCCUGUUCUCCCUGCUCUCCAUCGCAACCCAGGGCGCGAUCGUAUCCGACGGUGAUUUUGGCGCAGGGAUCAGACGCAACUUUUGGGAGGUGUAUGAUUGGGUGGCGUUUGUGGUUGCGGUUGUGGCGAGUGUGGUUGGGUUGUUUUUGGCGGCGGCGGCUGAGGUGGGGCUUAGGAAGGUGCUUGGGCGGCCGGUGAAGGUUGUGAGACGGCCUGCGACGUUGGGGGAGGGGGAUGUGAAGGGGCAGUUGCAUGAGGACUUUAGUGCUGCUACUCUUUAAAUGCUCUCACUUCUUUUGAGAAGAGCAUCCAAUCUGCUAUUUGCCCGGCGUGUAUUUAUUUACCCCUCGCAUUCGGACAUUUCCAUCCUGGACAUACUAUUCCCUCCCCUCCUUGUAUCUCCAUCUCCCCAGUUCGCUUAGUAUUUAUCCCCAGCAUUGCAUUAAUGAGCGGACGUAACGCUAAUCACACAGAACGUUUUCUCAAUACACAUUAUGCCGAGUGGCCAUCUUGUGAAACUGGGCGAAUACGCGAAUCAUCAUCCUUGUUAGCCACAAUCUGAGCCACAAUCAAACUGUAACAUACACC